UGUACAAAGUUGUCAAAUGCACGAACCAUUGAAGGGUUAGUUAGUCCAGAAGUCGACGAUGUGUCGGACCACACCCUAGCCGCACCGGCUAUCCCUACUAGCGUCCUAGUGUCGUGCCAACCUCAAAGAACUCCCCCCUAAAGUCAUUGCCUUGCAUGGCCGCAUUGCUUAAGCUCGAGAGGGUUCGUGUCGUUACGGUUCUCAGCCUGUACUUGAUGCGAACAUGCUGUCGUACAAGCAUGUCGAAAGUGCACAGCAGGCGGAUCAUACCUAGGUCACAGCCCAGAAGAAGGCGAGGCGUACGGUGGAUAGGAGAGGGGAAUACUAUCAUUGCUGUAGACGCCGACCAGCCUUUAUCUACACAUUCUCGUGGUCUCUAUAAAGUUCUGAACUUGACUAAGAGCUAUCCAGCAAUGUAGCAGCCACCCAUGGACUCAGGCGCUACAAUUCAUCU